GUUCUUGUUGCUACUUGUCUUUGUACUUCUCUAUCAAGAGCUCAGAUGUCAAGUACUGAGCUAAUUUUCUUGAUUAUUCCAUUACUGAAUAGUGAUUAUAUCUGGGCAAGCCAAAAAAUGUCACUUUGCCUCCAAUGUGAAAACAAACCAAGUGUGAACACAUUCAGUCUCAUGCUGGUGGCUGCUGCUCAAAGUCAACUAUUUUCUUUAGCCGACUACACACUUUGGUAUUGGACCAAACCCACCUUUUUAGGGAAUAUAUUAUUCCUAAUAUACCCAAUUUUGAUAUUGCUUCCUUCUUCUUUCUCUUACUCUGCAGCAUUCAUGGUGCUUUUGCUUCUGAGCUGUGGAGAAUGAAUCAAUGGAGUUUCUAUGGGAAUUUUUCACACAGAUGAACUUUUUGUCUUCUUCUGCUCUAAAGGAUAAACCUUUGUAGAGUCUAUAAGAUGGAUUGGUUGAGAACAAAAACAAUCGGAGCCAAGACACGCCAGAGAAAUGUCAAGGAGAAUGGUGCGGUUGUUCUGAAACAGCUGAUUGAAUGUUGUGAUGCAAAAUGCAAUCCUAUCAAGAACUUUUCUUACGGUCAGAUCAUCAAAGCAACAGAUAACUUCUGCCAAAGUAACCGUGCUUCCCGGAUUGAUGUUUAUUACCGUUGCUAUAAAGGCAUGCUCGAUGACCGUCUAGUACUCAUCAAGAAAGGUAAAUACACACUUGAUAUGAAAGAGAUAUGUCGCGACAUAGCGAUCUCAUCGAUGGUGAGUGGUCAUAAGAACUUCCUUAAGUUGUUGGGAUGUUGUCUUGAGUUCACUCCUCCUGUCUUAGUUUUUGAGUAUGCAGAGAUUAUAACUCUUGGUCCACUGCUUGCAUCUCAUCCUGGAAAUCUGAGGAGGAUAAAGAUAGCAAGAGAGGUUGCAAACGCUUUGACUUACCUUCACACAGCAUUCUCAAGGGCUUUCAUCCAUUCAAAUCUAGAUCCUUUCACAAUUUUCUUAGAUGGAAAUGGGGUUACAAAGCUUGGGAACUUCUGCAACUGUAUCCCAAUCCCUGAGGGAGAGACAUUUGUUCAUGAUGAUACAUUGCAAAAAUACCAUGAGUUUAGGCACAAUACAUUAAAGGGAACACAUGGGCUUGGUGUAUGUAACUUACCUGUCAUUGAUCCGGAUUACAAGUCAACUGGAAAGGUCACGACAAAGACUGAUAUGCACAGCUUUGGAGCAUUCAUGCUAGCUCUUGUACAGAUAAAGGAAGUUGAUGAUGAGCUAUCCCUAUCUUCGGAUAUGCUGAGAGCAUUUUCUGACUUGUUCAUCAAACCUUAUGACGAUACUCGUUUCCCGCUUCACCAUCAUGUUACUAAGAUACUGAGAAAGUUUGGGUAUGCAGAGGUUGUAGAUUCAGAUAUGAGUGAUCCAGCUGCUUGGCCUGUUAAAGCCUUUCUUAGAUUAGCGUUGAGAUGCAUUGGAGGCAGCAACUUAGGAGACCCGUUGACUAGCAUGCUUCAAGUGGCUAAAGAGCUCAGGCUGAUUGAGAAAUCUACAAAUUGGAGUUGAGAUGUAUCGGAUGAGCCCCGUAUGAUGAAAUUUCACUCACUGAUCCUUUGUAACCAUAGUUCAAAGCCAGGAAAUACCAUUGUAACUUCAGUCUAACAUUCAGUAGAUAGCUAAUUUCUGAUACCUGCAGAUUGUUUAUCACUUUCACAAAGAGAGAUAGAUAAGGUCACAGAGAUUUUACACAAAAACAUAGAUAAUCACAAAGAUUUUACUAUAGAAACAUAGAUAAUCACAGAAUGACUUAUCCUUAUUUCUUUUUUAUGUUUCAGACUUGAAUGAUAGAGAAUCCGAGAUCUUUUUGUAACACUCUUUGUUGUUAUGAUCAUUUCUUCCAAAUGUCCA